AUGACAGCUAAGCAGGAACCAAGAGAACACUGCACCAAGAGAGCGCUGCACCAAGAGAACACCGCACCAAGAGAGCGCCGCACCAAGAGAGCGCCGCACCAAGAGAACGCCGCACCAAGAGAACGCCGCACCAAGAGAACGCUGCACCAAGAGAGUGCUGCACCAAGAGAGCGCUGCACCAAGAGAACGCUGCACCAAGAGAAUGCUGCACCAAGAGAACGCUGCACCAAGAGAGUGCUGCACCAAGAGAGUGCUGCACCAAGAGAACACCGCACCAAGAGAGCGCCGCACCAAGAGAACACUUCACCAAGAGAACGCUGCACCAAGAGAACACUGCACCAAGAGAACACUGCACCAAGAGAACACCGCACCAAUAGAACGCCGCACCAAGAGAACGCCGCACCAAUAGAACGCCGCACCAAGAGAACGCCGCACCAAGAGAACACCGCACCAAGAGAACACCGAACCAAGAGAACGCUGCACCAAGAGAGCGCUGCACCAAGAGAGCGCUGCACCAAGAGAGCGCUGCACCAAGAGAGCGCUGCACCAAGAGAACGCUGCACCAAGAGAACGCUGCACCAAGAGAACGCUGCACCAAGAGAACGCUGCACCAAGAGAACGCUGCACCAAGAGAACGCUGCACCAAGAGAACACUGCACCAAGAGAACACUGCACCAAGAGAACGCUGCACCAAGAGAAAACUGCUCCAAGAGAACACUGCACCAAGAGAGUGCUGCACCAAGAGAACACUGCACCAAGAGAAAACUGCACCAAGAGAACACUGCACCAAGAAUCCACCAGCUACGCCAUCAAAGGGGCGGAAAGAAUUAUGCCCAAUGCUGGUCAGAGAAAGGGGAUUGGUACGCUGCCAACAACCGCGUUGUACAGACGUCUAAGGUUAAGAGCCACGACUGUUCCCAAGGACCCGGCCUUGCCAUCGGAAUCUGGAUUCCAGUAUUGAUUGGAUCUCAUAUUCAUAUUCUGGUCCAGGAUUUGGUGGAGAUUUGGCAAAAUGAUUAA